CAACAAGAGUGAAACUCUGUCUCAAAAAAAAAAAAAGUUGGAAUAUCAUUGUGAUAGGUAGUAGAAGUUUAAACCAAGAAGAUAAAGGUUAGGGCCAGUCAGUGACAUGAGAUCAAGGGUUUGGAAUUUAUCCCCUGGGAAACCAUGGAUGGUUUUGAGCUGACAUGCUCUCAUUUGUGUUAACGAAAGAGGAUGGGCUGCAGUGUGGAAGAUACAGAGGAAGGUAGACACUGCCGGCUGCAUAACAGAUUAAGAAGCUGUUGCAGUACCUUCUCAUACUGGCCUAGGUGUCCUUCCUCAGUGCUCUGAAAGCACUGAGUAUGUUCCCUAUCCUAACACUUAGAAUAUGGACUGAAAUCAUUUAUUUAUUUCCUUCAUUAGGCGUAUGCCCCACAAGGGUAGGGAUGGCAUCUGUGUUUUCAUUGCUAUCUCCUCUUUGGUGGCUUCAUUGCAUUUAGAAUAUAAUUCAGAAUUUGUAACAGAAAAUACAAGGCCCUGGCUAUUUCUCUACCUUUACUUCCCACCGCACUCACCCCAUUUUUUCUUUGCUGUAGUUAUAGAGAACUGAAGUUCUAAUUUGCUAAGUCCUUUCUUCCCUCAGUUUCUUUUCCCGGACUGUUCUCUCUGCUAGGAACCUCCCCUUCAACUACAAGCCUUCCUGGCUCUCUUUCAUCCUUCAGUUCUCAGUUUAAAUGUCGUUUCUUCAAAGAGGUCUAAACCCAGUCUCAACUCGCUGUCAUACUUUUCUCACUCACAGUACCACUUUUCUUUGCUUUUUCUGUACUUUUAUAUUUUUGUGUUUGCUUAUCUGAUGUCUAUGUCUUUUACUAGGCCCAGUGCCCACACAUACCAGACACUCAAUGAACAUCUGUUGAAUAAAACUAAAUGGAUAAUAAACCCAUUAACUUGGGCAAGGAACACAGGGGGAAAAGAUGGUGGGCGUCAGAUUUGGUUGUGGGCAUAGAGUUUGAGAGGCCUUUGGGUCACCCCUGGAGAGAUGACCAGUAAACAGCCGUGAGUAAAACCUGCCACUCAGGCUUGGGAAAGAUUCAACCCUUUUGCCUGGUGUGAGCACUGACUUUUUCCUUAAAACACCCCUGUCCUCUUUAUCCCUCCAGCCGGAAGUAAUUCCUUCUUCCUCUGAACUGACUUUACAGUACUCUGUAUCUCUCAGAUGACUCAUCUCAUAUUUCCCUUCAUUUUAAUUGUUGUGGGGUGGUACAUCAGAAAGCUGACUGGGACAGCAUCCAUGAGAAAAUAUGUCAGCUCUUGAUUCCACUGCGCACUUCUAUGCCCUUCUACAAUUCAGAGGAAGAACGGCAGCAUGGCCUGCAGCAGCUACAGCAGCGGCAGAAGUAUUUGAUUGAAUUCUGCUACACCGUAGCCCAGAAAUACCUCUUUGAAGGGAAACAUGAAGAUGCUGUACCAGCAGCUUUGCAUUCCCUUCGCUUCCGCGUGAACCUGUACGGCCUGAGCUCUGUAGAGCUUGUGCCUGCUUACCUGCUGUUGGCCGAGGCCAGCCUUGGUCUGGGCCGAAUCGUUCAGGCUGAAGAAUAUCUAUUCCAAGCCCAGUGGACAGUCCUCAAAUCAACUGACUGUAGUAAUGCCACCCACUCUUUACUGCAUCGGAACCUGGGACUUCUCUAUAUAGCUAAGAAAAACUAUGAAGAAGCCCGUUAUCAUCUGGCCAAUGAUAUUUAUUUUGCCAGUUGUGCAUUUGGAACAGAGGACAUUAGGACUUCAGGAGGCUACUUCCACCUGGCUAAUAUAUUCUAUGACCUUAAAAAGUUGGACCUGGCAGACACAUUGUACACCAAGGUCUCUGAGAUCUGGCACGCAUAUUUGAACAAUCACUAUCAAGUCCUCUCACAGGCUCACACCCAACAAGUGGAUUUACUGGGCAAACUAUUUGAGAAUGACACUGGCUUGGAUGAAGCUCAAGAAGCAGAAGCCAUUCGCAUCCUGACUUCAAUCUUGAACAUUCGAGAAUCUACAUCUGACAAAGCCCCUCAAAAAACUAUCUUUGUUCUGAAGAUCCUGGUCAUGCUUUACUACCUGAUGAUGAAUUCUUCAAAGGCACAGGAAUAUGGCAUGAGGGCCCUCAGUCUAGCCAAAGAACAACAGCUUGAUGUCCAUGAGCAAAGCGCCAUUCAAGAGUUAUUAAGUCUCAUUUCAACUGAAGACCGUCGCAUUACUUAGUGACCCAUGAGCUCUGCAUCAAGGGUUAUUCCAGGAGCUACGGAACAUCUAAUAUAUUCCAGCCCUGCACAACUGCUUUGAGGUACUGUAGAUGGCUGAAGUUUCCACCCUCUUCCCCUGGGAUUACACACAUAGCUGUUAUUUUUUUCUUACACAGCAUAUUGUGGGAAUAUAAAGCUUUAGGCACAGAAAUCAGUAAAAACUGUGUUUGUCAUGACCUUUGUACUUGAUUUAUCAUGACUUUGUAUGAAUAAUAUGUAGUCAGAUCACUAAUAUGGUAUUUGUAAUUAAACUACAAAUAGUUUGUCAUUUUCCCAGAAGUCUCCCAAUGAUGCAUGUCUCAUACACUUUUGCUAAAGGAAGGGUAAAGGAGGGGGUAGGGAAUAAAGCUAUAUUGGAGCAAA